AUGGGAUUGUAUUUGGAGAGAGACGAUUGUCAGAAAAGACCUUUCAAAACUGCUUGGAGGACUGAAAUCUUCGAAAUAAUAAAAGCCAAUUCUAAGCCAAUGGAGGUAAGUCUUAUCGGAAAUCCUCAGUGUUUUAAUUGAUGACCCCGUUAAUGAGUAAAACGCGGUGGGUAACUUCAUGGUCAUUUUGAUUUCUUCGAGGAUUAGACUUCACAAAAUACUAAGGUCAACACCCACAUGGAUAUUUCACCCAAAAAGACAAUUAACAAUUGCGUUCACACUUCUGUCACAAGAGCAAACUUCACUCACAUAGAAUAUGACAUUAGACACUAACUUUGCACUGAUUCGGUUCACACUGAUCAGUCGCCAACAACAGUCGUUUUAAGGACCACACUCACAUGGACGAUCACGAUUACAUUAGAUAAAUUACUGAUACUUUUGGGUUCACACAUCUAUCACCAAUUACAUUCUUUUGAAGGGCUAAACUCACAUGGACGAUCAUCUCUCAUACUAGGCCUAUGUCACUGGGUUUUUAUGGUCCAGUAUAUUUUUAGACACAUUUUAUGGAACUUUUUCCCGAUAAAAUAGAAUCUCCACCAUGUCUAUAAGCGCAUUCGAAGUAUGAGAUAUCAAAAAGCAAAACUAAACGUUAUUAAAAGGCAAAAACAUCAUUUUUAGGUCUGUAGGUUUUCCUGACUGGUUUGUGAAAUUUAAAUGACACUCAAAAUUCGCCCCAAAAGCGUUCUAAAAAUAAACUGGUCUGUGAAAAACGCCGUGACACGAGCGCUGGGAAGUUUCUCGCUCCGGUUUAUGGGCUCCUGCGACACUUUAUUCAUCCAUCAACAAAACCACUUUUAACGAACGAUUUCACCAGACAAACUACAUUCUCAUCCCCAGAGCCUUUCAGCUUAAUUUAUAACAAACGAGACCACGUGAUCAAAAGAAACAAAGGGGUCUUUGGACGAGAGUAGACUAACUACAUUUUCGUUCCCAGAGCCACUCAGCUUAAUUUGUAGCGAUGGAGAUCAUGUGGCCUAAAGAAACGACGCAGUCUGGGAAAGAUAAUGGACAAACUACUGAUGUCAUUGACUUCAAUAAAUAUAUUAUUUCGUUUUUCUUGUUAUUCGUAGGAGCCAUCAGAGAGUGCAGCCGUGGAGCGCUCAUCCAGCUUAUUUGACGCCAACUCUCCUAUGUUCCAUAACUCCAUUUACACCUGCAUUGGCUUGCUGCUGUUUUUGUCGGCUUGUGGCAUUAUCCGGGACUACGACUACAUAAGACACUGGAAGAAAAAGGCAGAGAUGGGUAAGACGAAAGGCUUAGGUCAUGUUCACAUUUACUCCCCUGGACGGUGGCCAAGUAAGGUACUCAAUGGGUCCUAAUGUGAAGACACCUUUUUUCAAGUACCCGCGCCUGAAUACCACCCUAUGUCAUUUCUUUCACAACCUCUAAAGUCUGUUUCUUCCUCAGACGCUUCGUUUUUCGCACAGAGGCGAGCGCGAAACGCGUGUGACACGCGAGUGAUUGGUGACGAGGCGCAAGGCCCGUUUUCUCCUUCCCGCCUUCCUUUGCGAGCACGAGGAGGCUUUAAAGUCACAAUGGCCAUUAUGUGUGUUUACGUCAGCCGAGCAAAUUUCAUCACCAAGGCUAGUUUGUGAACAAAAUUCUUUGCAUUUGCACUUUUGUACAUGGGUAUUCUUUUCAAAAUAACUAUAGUGAGAAUUCAUGUAUGUAACAUCUGUAGAAAGCCUAAACUUAAUAACUGACCCUAAAUGCAACAAAAUCUUAAAUGUAAUAACAUUUCACCCUAAAUGUAAUAAAGUAUUAAAUGUAAUAACGUUUGGAGUUACAUUUGAACUUUUAAGCGUGACCACAUUCGGCGUUAAAUGGUAUGACCGUUGACGUCAUGCUAACGUCAUCAAUGACGUAAGUAACGCAUCCUAAACCAUCUAAGUAGUUAGGAAAAUGGCCACGUGAUCCUUCGCGCCAACUGUCACGAAAAUCAGUCACGCCCCCGUCAACCUCAAGACCAACUGAUUACAACACCCACGAGACCUAUAAAACAUCAAUCACGUGUCUUUUUAUUUAUGGUAAUUUUUUACCUUCUUUUUUUCGCCUCACUUACAACUUUCUUUGCCUGCACGCGCGACGGGCCUAUUAGUCACUCCAGAAUAGUUUUUGGACUCCUAAAAGUGACAUUAAGGAAUGAAAAUUCGACGGCGUUGACGAAGGUGCGUGCAGAUCUGAAAAGAACUUGACCAAUGGCAAGAUUUUUAGCCUGUUCCAGGCGUUCAGAUAGUAGAGCGCGGAGAAAAAUUCACGAAGAAAAAAAAAAAAAAAACGAGGGCAGACUAGAGGGGGGAAAGGUUUCUCUCAUCUCACCCCCCCCUGUUCUCCCCCCUCCCAGUUUUCCCUGUGUACAAUUUAACUCGCUCCCCACUGACCCCCGCGCUCUACCAUCUGAAUGCCUGGAACAGGCUAGAAGAUUUUCGAAACGAGGCUUGGCGGUAAAAUUUGCUAGUUUGACGUAAACAUGCAUAAUUUAGAAACGAGAAGGCAGCUGGGUCGAGUUAACUUUAACAAAGACUUCUGGGACUGUUACCGGAGUGGCCAAUAGCUACGAUCCCAGAAGUGUUAGCGAAAGUAAACUCGGCUCAGUUUCCUUUUAGCCAGUUCCAGACGUUUAAAACGCUUUUCCUUCUCGUUUAUAAAGGGGCGAAUUCUGUGUACUACUCCUACCUCCCCGCCUCCCAACUAAAAAGGCUUUUUUCUCCAUUUAUGCCAUCAGAACACUAUAGCUUGGGUUUGUUCUCAUUGCAGAAGUCCUUGCAGAUGAACUCGAACUUGUCGGUUGGGCCUGGGUACGAAACGGCAAAAAGGAAUCUGGA